CACAACCCCCAAGUUGGCUGUUAUUGAGUUUAACUUCAAAAACAAAACAACACUUAGCGCAUCCUGAUAUCGAACCUACCUGUCCAACGCAUAGGUACUACGAACUCCCAAAGCAAUCCCGAAUCACUUAACAAACCAUGGCCGAAGUAGCAGCAGCGGCAAUCGCAGCCGAACAAGUCGUGGCAACAGGCGUCGAAGCAGCAGCAGCCGUCGCCAUCGCGACCCCGACCCUACCCCUCAAAAUCGCACUCACUCACCUCCCAAACCCAGCGCCAGAAGGCUCACCCCACCCCGCCCUCUCCCGCUCGCACCACACCCUCACCGUCCUCCGCAACAAAGCCUACAUCUUCGGCGGGCUCGACCCCUCCCGCACCCUCUGCCCCCCCGGCAUCCACACCAUCACCCUCCCGUCACAACCCACCGCAACCGACCCCGCCAGCGCCGCCGCCGCAGCACCCGCACCCACCACCACCACCACCGCCAACCCCACCACCGACAACAUCACCGACAACACCACCGACUACAGCACCGCCUACACCUGCUACCCGCCCUUCCCCCUCCAAGACGCCACCACCGGCGAGACGCUCCUCCCCACCCCACGGGCAGGGCACGCCGCCUGUGCGAGGGGCGAUCGGUAUGUGCUUGUGCACGGCGGGUGGGGGGCGGAUGGUCGCGCGGUGGAGGAAGGCGGGUGUAUCUGGCAGUGGGAUUGUGAGGGGCUGAGCUGGGGGAAGCUGAGGGGGGAUUCGCAGCUUGGGGUGGGGGCGAUGAGGGGGAGGUGGGGGCAUUGGAUGUUUGCGGAUGAUGGGGGGGAGGAGGGGUUUUUGGUUGUUGUUGGGGGGAGGACGACUGGCGCACCGCGGGGUGGGGAUGGUGGUGGUGGUGGUGGUGAGGGUGAGGGUGAGGGUGAGGGUGGGGAAGAGGGGGUUGAGCGGGAGGCGUGGAUGUACGAUUUCCACUCCAUGGUGUGGACUGCGCUGCCGAGGAUGCCUGCGACGCCGUUGGCUGCUGCGUACGCCGGUGGGAGGGUGUAUAUCAUCUCGCAGGAUGGGGAUGGUGAUGUCGGCUUGGGCGGGAUGGUGCACUACCUUGAUAUGAAGGAGUCGGCGUUAGAGAGGGCGCAGCCGGGUGCGUUGGUGUGGGAAAGUGUCAGCUUCCCGGCGAAUCCGCUUGCUCCGGGACCCAAGCCGAGGGCGGGCGGGGCAUUGGUGCCGUUGAGUACGGGGCACGGUCGGAAAUAUCUCGUGUACCUGUUUGGAUGCUCAGAGGAGGAGGAGGGGGCGGAAAGGGAAUACUUCUCGGACAUCUGGACGUUGCAGCUACCGACGCAUGGGCGCAGCGCGGCUGCGAUCAAGGACAAAAUUAGGGAGAAGUUGCCUCGUACGGAAUCGGGGGAGUUCAGGUGGGCGGAGGCUGAGAUCGUUCCCACGGAGCAGAUCACGGGUGAAGGGAAGAUGCAUCCUGGGCCGAGAGGCUUGUUUGCUGCGGAUUCGUGUUUGAACGGGCAAGGGGUUGUGAUGUGGGGUGGGACGAAUGCCAAAAGGGAAGAGGAAGGCGAUGGAUGGGUGUUAAGGUUGGCGCAUGGGUAUGCGGACAACGACCGCUGGGAGUGAGCGUGGAGGAUGGAACUCCGAGUGUGGUCGGACCUUCAGUAUUUAUUCUGGGCUAAAAUCCUCACUAAAAUGAACGCCAAAAGCUUCCACCACGUGGGUGUGGCCUCACUGCGACCGCCAAGCGCCCACCUGGAACCCAAAACGCCGGUGCGACCCGGAUGCUUUUCCAUUGGUGCAUUUUUGUUCCAUUUCCCACUUCCCCAGCUUCUCGAGUCCG